AAGGCCCUAAACAGAUACAAUCAAACAAAACAAAACCAUCUGCUCAUCGCAGAUUCAGAUCGAAAAUUGGGGCCAAAAAAUACGAAGAAAAAUGACGAUGUUUCACUUCUUCAACUGUGCGAUCCUCACUUUCGGUCCUCACGCCAUCUACUACUCCGCCACUCCCUUAUCGGAGUAUGAUACUCUUGGUACUUCUGUUAAAGCUGCCCUUGUUUAUCUUGGAACUGCUUUGGUAAAGCUUGUAUGUCUCGCAACGUUUUUGAAGGUUUCUGAGAAUGACGGCUUCGAUCCGUACCAGGAACUUUUGAAGGCAGUGAUUGGUUUUAUAGAUGUUGCUGGCCUUUAUUUUGCCUUAACACAGUUGACUCAUAGGAACAUCUCUCAAAAUCAUAAAUUUCAAGCUGUUGGACUUGGAUGGGCAUUUGCUGAUUCGGUUCUACAUAGAUUGGCACCCCUUUGGGUGGGAGCUAGAGGACUAGAAUUCACUUGGGAUUUCAUUCUACAAGGCUUGGAAGCAAAUGCUAAUUUGGUGUUAAGUAUAUCUCUUGCUGCAUUGGGAUCUUUAAUGUGGCUUCGCAAAAACAAGCCCAAGACUUUGAUUCCCAUAAUAUACGCAUGUGCCGGAAUUGUUGCUACCAUGCCAUCCAUUACAAGCUAUCUAAGGCGAGGAUUGGGAUGGCACUUCCCGAAGGUGGUAGGCUUCGAACUGUUCACGUCUUUGAGUAUGGCUUUCAUUAGUUGGCAAUUGUUUUCUGCAUGCCAAAGGCCCUCUUCAUGAGGAGCAAAGUUUAUACCCUCCACUUGAUGUUUGAAAGAGAUUUUAUUGCCCAUCAAUUUUUCAAUCAUCUUUGAUGUACUGUUGGAACUAUCUUAACAUCAAUCUGUAAGAUUUUUGCCAAUGGCAGAAAAACUCAGAUUUUGUAUCUCUAGAAAAAUUAGAGAAAAAGAAAAAAGAUUUUGGAUGUAGAA